UCGGCGCUGCUGGGAGCGCAUCCCGCCCGCUCCGCUCCGCUCCGCCCCGGCACCGCGGCCAUGACCGACAACAUCCCGCUGCAGCCCGUCCGCCAGAAGAAGCGCAUGGACAGCAAGCACCGCGGCGGGUGUUGUGAGUGCUUAAGAUGCUGUGGGAGGAGAGACCCGAGGCCUCGCACUGUUUGGCUUGGCCAUCCCGAGAAGAGAGACCAGAGAUACCCUCGCAACGUGAUCAACAAUCAGAAAUACAACUUUUUUACAUUUCUCCCUGGGGUGUUGUUUAACCAGUUCAAAUACUUCUUCAACCUUUAUUUCUUGCUUUUGGCCUGCUCUCAGUUCGUCGUUGAGAUGAGGCUUGGUGCACUUUACACGUACUGGGUUCCUCUGGGGUUUGUGCUGGCUGUGACGGUGAUCCGGGAGGCGGCGGAGGAGAUCCGAUGUUACAUGCGGGACAAGGAAGUGAACUCGCAGAUCUACAGCAAGCUCACAGCCAGAGGGACUGUGAAGGUGAAGAGCUCUAAUAUUCAAGUCGGUGACCUCAUCAUUGUUGAAAAGAACCAGCGGGUCCCUGCUGACAUGAUCUUCCUGAGGACGUCGGAGAAGAAUGGGUCCUGCUUCCUGCGCACCGACCAGCUGGAUGGGGAGACAGACUGGAAGCUGCGCCUGCCUGUCACCUGCACCCAGAGGCUGCCGACUGCUUCUGACCUGCUGCAAAUCCGAUCCUAUGUGUAUGCAGAGGAGCCCAAUAUUGACAUCCACAACUUUGUGGGGACCUUCACAAGGGAGGACAGUGACCCUCCAGUAAAUGAAAGUUUGAGCAUAGAAAACACCCUGUGGGCCAGCACAGUGAUUGCAUCAGGUACUGUGGUGGGAGUUGUCCUCUACACUGGAAGGGAGCUGCGCAGUGUGAUGAAUACUUCAAACCCAAGAAGUAAGAUUGGUCUUUUUGAUUUGGAAGUGAACUGUCUUACCAAGAUCCUGUUUGGGGCUCUCGUGGUGGUCUCCCUGGUCAUGGUGGCCCUCCAGCACUUUGCAGGCCGUUGGUAUCUUCAGAUCAUAAGAUUUCUCCUCCUGUUCUCAAACAUCAUUCCCAUUAGUUUACGUGUGAACCUGGACAUGGGGAAAAUUGUCUACAGCUGGGUGAUCCGCAGAGAUUCCAAAAUCCCCGGCACUGUGGUUCGAUCCAGCACUAUUCCUGAGCAAUUGGGCAGGAUAUCCUAUUUGCUUACAGACAAAACAGGAACUCUGACACAGAACGAGAUGGUCUUCAAGCGACUCCACCUGGGGACGGUGGCGUACGGGCUGGACUCCAUGGAUGAAGUGCAGAGCCACAUAUUCAGCAUAUACACCCAGCAAUCCCAGGACCCCCCUGCAGUGAAGGGCCUCACCUUGGCCACGAAGGUGCGUAAGACGAUGAGCAGCCGCGUGCACGAGGCGGUGAAGGCCAUCGCCCUGUGCCACAACGUGACCCCCGUGUACGAGUCCAACGGGGUCACCGACCAGGCAGAGGCUGAGAGACACUACGAGGACUCCUGCAGGGUGUACCAGGCCUCCAGUCCUGAUGAGGUGGCCCUGGUACAGUGGACCGAAAGCGUGGGCUUGACGCUGGUGGGCAGAGACCAGUCCUCCGUGCAGCUGAGGACCCCGGGCGGCCACAUCCUGAACUUCACCAUCCUCCAGAUCUUCCCCUUCACCUACGAGAGCAAGCGCAUGGGCAUCAUCGUCCGGGAUGAAUCUACAGGAGAGAUCACCUUCUAUAUGAAGGGGGCAGAUGUGGUGAUGGCUGGAAUUGUGCAGUACAACGACUGGCUGGAAGAGGAGUGUGGUAACAUGGCUCGGGAAGGCCUGAGGGUUCUUGUUGUAGCCAAGAAGUCUCUGACAGAAGAGCAGUAUCAGGACUUUGAAGCCCGGUACAUCCAGGCGAAGCUGAGCGUGCACGACCGAUCCCUGAAGGUGGCCACGGUCAUCGAGAGCCUGGAGAUGGAGAUGGAGCUGCUGUGUCUCACCGGGGUGGAGGAUCAGCUGCAGGCCGAUGUCAGACCCACGCUGGAGACGCUGAGAAAUGCUGGCAUUAAGGUGUGGAUGCUGACAGGGGAUAAGUUAGAGACAGCCACGUGUACAGCCAAGAAUGCACAUUUGGUGACACGGACACAGGACAUCCAUAUAUUCAGACUAGUGACCAACCGUGGGGAAGCCCACCUGGAGCUGAACGCCUUCCGCAGGAAACACGACUGCGCCCUCGUGAUCUCGGGGGACUCCCUGGAGGUGUGUCUGAAGUACUACGAGUACGAGUUCAUGGAGCUGGCCUGCCAGUGCCCCGCCGUCGUGUGCUGCCGCUGCGCCCCGACACAGAAGGCCCAGAUCGUGCGGCUGCUCCAGGAGAGGACUGGAAAACUCACCUGUGCAGUAGGUGAUGGAGGGAAUGAUGUUAGCAUGAUUCAGGAGGCUGACUGUGGGGUUGGAGUUGAAGGAAAGGAAGGAAAGCAGGCAUCACUCGCAGCCGAUUUCUCCAUCACUCAGUUUAAACAUCUGGGUCGUUUGCUGAUGGUGCACGGAAGGAACAGCUACAAGAGGUCUGCAGCCCUCAGUCAGUUUGUGAUCCACAGGAGUCUGUGCAUCAGCACAAUGCAGGCUGUUUUCUCAUCAGUAUUUUACUUUGCUUCAGUUCCUCUCUACCAAGGCUUCCUCAUCAUUGGGUACUCCACAAUUUACACAAUGUUUCCAGUGUUUUCUCUUGUCCUGGACAAGGAUGUUAAAUCUGAAGUUGCAAUGUUGUACCCAGAGCUCUACAAAGAUCUACUUAAGGGACGACCGUUGUCAUACAAAACAUUUUUAAUAUGGGUCUUAAUAAGCAUCUAUCAAGGUAGCAUCAUCAUGUAUGGAGCACUGCUCCUCUUUGAAUCCGAGUUUGUCCACAUUGUUGCCAUUUCCUUCACGUCCUUGAUUCUCACCGAGUUACUGAUGGUGGCCCUGACGAUCCAGACGUGGCACUGGCUCAUGAUAGUGGCUGAGCUGCUCAGUCUCUCCUGCUACAUAGCUUCCCUGGUCUUCUUACACGAGUUUAUUGAUGUUUACUUCAUUGCAACUUUGUCAUUCUUGUGGAAGGUCACCGUCAUCACUCUGGUGAGCUGCCUUCCCCUCUACGUCCUCAAGUACCUGAGGAGAAGGUUUUCUCCCCCAAGCUACUCGAAGCUUACAUCCUAGGGCUGCUCUUCCUGCACACCAGAGACAGACAUUGCCCAUGGCUGAGAGACAAAACCCUGUAGUUGUUCCUAUAACGAGUCCAUCCGAUAUUUGCAUCUGGAUCGUGUGGUAAUCUCUGUUACCUGCUGCUUUAUUGAAAAAGACUCCACAACUGCCGUGAACAGAAACCUGACAAUAAAAGGGAGUGUUCUGAGAGUGGAGGCACUUGUUAGUUCAUCCAGUUCUUGUCACUUUUGUUCCACUUAACUGGGGUCAAAUGCAUGUAACUGAGAUGGCGAUGGGUUUCUCUUGCAUGGUUAAGAGUCUGUGAAAGCUGCUAACUGACCUUGGGAUUUACAUUUGACAAUUUUGAAGUGACUUUUUUCAAGUCUCUGUGCUGUUCUUUGCAUUGUGUUAUGUUGGUUUAUAUUGUUUGUCUUUUUGAUUUAAGUAGUUACAUUCUUUUUACAUCUUGGAAAUCCCUUAAUGUAGGUGAUGCACUGUACUGCUGACAGCUGAUCCCUGAUUUAUGGCAUGCUGUUUCCAGAACGGGGCUCCAGCAUGUCGGAUCUACACACACAUGAGAAUCUGAGCCUGGUUGAGAUUUUCCUUCAGUUGAAAUGUGGUCACCCCAGUGAUUUUGGAGGUAUCCAGCCAUUGAUAAAUGAUAGUCCAAGAUGAGGAAACUCAGUUUUGUUUAGCUUUUGUGCUUCCUGUUAAAAGGAGCUGGUGACAUAAUAGCUUUACUCUGUAUUUAUUUGUGUAGGGGAAAAUUAUCUAAACUAAAGCAAAUCCUCUUUGGAACAGAAAUUUGCAGUUGAUCAUACUUGAAAUGUGUCGACAACGUGAGAAGAGACUCGUACUGUUCUGCAGACAAUGUGGCAGACGUGUCUUGAAUCCUUGGAGACUGAAAGGAGAGGUCACAGAGCUGCUGCUCCUCACAGCUACACGAAAUCUGUUUCCUGUUAGGGUGAAACUCUGAGGAUGAGCUGCAAAUAAGCUGAGCCACUCCUAGGUGGGUGUUGUUAAUGACAUACUCCCUGCAGAGAGGCAGUUUUUGGAACCUUGCACUUGCUUUGCUCUGGAAACCAAACUUGAAUCACAGGAGUGGGUUCAUACAAAGGCGUUGGGCUCGUGUGCAGAGCAAAUUCACGUAUGUUUAACUUUCAGAAAUUAAACUCAGUGAGUUCUGGUGUUGUGAUUAACUUUGGCCCACAUUAUAAUAUCAUGAGGAGAGCAACACGUGCUUGGGCUUCUCAGGAGAAGGACGGAGAGCUACAAGAACCUUUUAGGGUUGUGUUUAUGCAUCAAACAUGGAUGAGCUUUUAGUGGCAGCCAUCCUCAUCUAAAGGCUGUUUAGUCUGGGCUAAAUUAGUUGCUUGCUGUCUUGUUCCCACAUCAUAAAAACCAUGGUUGGAGCUGGCACUGCUUGGCGCCGCUGGGAGUCGGUUGCACAGGAGAGGCAGAGCCCAGAGCUGAGCUCCCUUCUCCAAUCUCAAGGCACAGCCCAGAGGUCUCACUUCUCCAGUCACAAGGAAAUCCUUCCAGGUCAGGGCCACUGUGUUGCUGUGAGGUGCAGAAGCUCCCUGGUCAUCUCUGUGCCAUGUUGAACCUCUUUAAAGGGCUGCCAGCUUCUGCUGCCAUUGCUACAGGCAUUCACUGUCUCAAGCUGCACAGUGCUGCAUUAAAAGGUCUGAUGUGAAAAUUGGUGGAAAAUGGGAAUGUUGUUCUAAAAGAGUCUGUGUUGGCCCAUAGUGGUGUGUCUCGAAUUUUCAGAUCUAAGAUAGCUGUGGCUUGUGUGGUUGAUGUGUGGCAGUUGCUCCAGGGAAUGUUUUGCACAACCUGACCUGCCUUCCUUGCUCUUAGCUUCUAUGAAUAAUUAUCAAAGGGCAGGGGAAGCAAGUUCCAGAAGUUUUAGAAAAAAUUGGAUGUGUUUCAUAAUGCACGUGGCUUGGGGUGAGAGGAAGGUGCAAGUCUGUAUGAGCUUGUUGUUUCAUGUGGGGGAAACCCUCUUGAUUUAGAAAAGUAGGUUUCAAAAUCCUUCAGGAAUAGGGACAGAGAACACUUUUUAACACACUGAUUUUUCUUGUGUGCCAGUCUUCCAGUUAGGCUCUGGACUGAAGUCCUUAUAGAUAGCAACUUCAGAAACACCCUGCUGGCUAAGAAAAGCUAAUUCUUGGUAUUCACCUUUUCAUAAUAUUUUGAAAAUUUGUCUUUUUCCCUUUUCCUCUAAUAUCUUUAUCUUAAAAGUAGUAAUAAUAUAUAUUUCUAUUUAUUUGAUUCUCAAGUUCAUGUUGGGAAAAGCCCUAGAAGUCCAGCAUUCCCAGUGAUUUGUGUUGUGGAGGAAAAGCAGUGCCUGAACAGUCCAUCUAGGGGGAGUUGGGUCUUAACAGCCUUUUGUGAAUUAUCCCACUUUGACAAAAAGAUCCUUAACGUUGUCUUUAUUGUGACUUGCUACAGCUCCUGGGUAAUGUCGCCCCUGCCACUGUUCUGGAGUCCCCAGGCAGCAUUUCACAGAAUCACAAAAUCACAGAAUGGUUUGGGUUGGGAGGGACCUUAAAGCUCAUCCAGUCCCACCCCUUGCCAUGGGCAGGGCCACCUUCCACU